ACAUGUCCACUCGAAAUCGGAUUAGGAUAAUGUGGUUUAUAAAAAAAAUAAAAAAACCUGCCUCACAUUUUUUCUACAACCUUCUACUUUUUUUUUGCUUUCUUCUAGUCUUCAUUCUCCUAGUGUUAUAUCAGUCAUGGGCAAGGUGAAGAUCGGAAUCAAUGGAUUUGGCAGAAUUGGGCGUUUGGUGGCCAGAGUGGCUCUGCAGAGGAAUGACGUCGAACUCGUUGCAGUUAACGACCCUUUCAUUACCACUGAUUACUUGACAUACAUGUUUAAGUACGACAGUGUUCACGGACAGUGGAAACAUUUCGAUGUGACAAUCAAGGACUCUAACACCCUUCUCUUUGGUGAUAACCCAGUCACCGUCUUUGCACACAGGAACCCAGAGGAGAUCCCUUGGGCUGAGACUGGAGCUGAAAUUAUUGUUGAGUCCACUGGAGUUUUCACAGAUAAGGAUAAGGCUGCUGCCCAUUUGAAGGGUGGUGCAAAGAAGGUCAUUAUUUCAGCUCCCAGUAAAGAUGCUCCCAUGUUUGUAGUAGGUGUAAAUGAGAAGGAAUACAAGCCAGAGCUUGAUAUUAUUUCUAAUGCUGGCUGCACAACCAACUGCCUUGCUCCACUUGCAAAGGUUAUUAUUGACAGGUUUGGCAUUGUUGAGGGCCUGAUGACCACCGUUCAUUCCAUCACUGCCACCCAAAAGACUGUUGAUGGGCCAUCCAGCAGGAAAGACUGGAGAGGUGGAAGAGCUGCUUCAUUCAACAUCAUUCCUAGCAAUACUGGAACUGCUACGACUGUUGGCAAAGUGCUUCCUUCUUUGAAUGGAAAACUGACUGGAAUGGCAUUCCGUGUUCCUACUGUGAAUGUCUCUGUUGUUGACCUCACAGUGAGGCUGGAGAAGCCAGCCACCUAUGAGCAAAUUAAAGCUGCUGUCAAGGAGGAGUCCGAGGGCAACUUGAAGGGAAUCCUUGGUUACACUGAGGAUGACGUGGUCUCCACUGACUUUGUUGGCGAUAACAGGUCAAGUAUUUUUGAUGCCAAGGCAGGAAUUGCUUUGAGUGAAACUUUUGUUAAGCUUGUCGCAUGGUAUGACAACGAGUGGGGUUACAGUACACGCGUGGUUGACCUGAUUGUUCACAUUUCUAAGUCUUAAGGUUGUGCUACAAAGUGGCCUACAUAUGUUUCUUUCUUACCAUGUUUUAUAUCUAGCUUCAGUCAGGCUUAUUGUCCAUGCUCAAUUGAGAUGUAAUAAGUCCGGUUUCUCGAACCUGUGGAGUUGCCCUGUGAGGAGCAUUGAUCUUUUUGGGCCUUUUGACCUUGAUAAUAUAAUUUUCAAAAUGUUUGCCCUGAAUAAUUUUUCGGUCAAAUUAUUUAUCUAAAUAAUGCAUAACGACGUGGUAAGCUGGAUAAUAUAUUAAGACGUAACAGUGUAGAGAUCGCGUCCUGUGCAAAGCUGUUAAUCAUCUGACUGGAACGCGAUACCAUCACAGCCGCGUCCCAUGCAAACCAUUUACAAAGGACGCGGCACUCAAACAAUCAUGUUUCAGCAAGUCACUUCACAUCAACUUACCAAGCAGCUAUGCACAGGACGCGAUCUCUACUUUGUCAUAUCUUAAUACGUUACAUAACCUACCGCGUCGUUAUGCAUUGUUUAGAUAAAUAGUGUCAAACAUUUUGAAAAUUACAUUACCAAGGUCAAAAAGCCAUCUUUUUGGUUCCCUGAUGUAUGGAUGAAUGUAGUUUUUCUGAUUUUUAAAAUUGGAAAAUCCUUUCUACUAAAAACAAAAAUAAAAUUUUAAAAUGUUUGCAUCUCAAAAAAUAAAAACUUUGGUUUUCGUGCAGAAUAACUUUUUUAUUUUUGUCAAAGGUAUAGUUUUGGGGCAGCGUGGCGUUACUGUUUAUUGAAUGAAUAAAAAGUAUAGGGUAUGUUUAUUGAAUUUUGUGUUUUUUUUUAAUUUGUUUUGUAGAAUAAUUAAUGAAAUGUGUUUUUUGUGUUUUGAAAGUUAAAAAUUAAAAUACAAAAUAAAAAGGAGAAGGUUAUAAUUACUACCUCUUUUUUUUACUACUUGUUACUACUAAAUCGUAACUGUUGAUUUUCGCCAAUCUAACGGUUAUAAUUUAUUGGAAAUUAAUAAUUAAUUAAUAAGAAUGACCCAAUAAAUUAUAAUCGUUAGAUUGACGGAAAUCAACGGUUACGAUUUAGUAGUAACAGGUAGUAAGAAAAAGAGGUAGUAACUAUAACCACUCAUAUAUUUUUUAAAUUUGAUUUUAAAAAGUAAAAAUAAUUACCAUUUUUAAAACUAUUUUUAUUAAACAGACUUUAUUAAUUUUUUGCUUGAAAAUAAAAAAAAUAUUUUUAAAAAUAGUAUUCGAACAGGUUCGUAGACCCAGGGUUUUUUUAUUGUGUUUUGAUUUAUUUAUUUUUUUUUUAAAUUUUUAUGCAGAAUAGUUAAUGAAAUAUAUAUAUUUUUCUAAAAAGGUUAAAAAUUAAAAUAUAAAAUAAAAUAAACUCAGAUAUAUUUUUUAAAUUUGAUUAAAAAAUAGUUUUAAAUUUUAAAUUUUUUUUUACAAAAUAAGCUUUAUCGUAUAAUUUUUUAUUUUUUAUUUUAAAAACCAAAAAAUAAUUUUUAAAAACAGUAUUCAAACAAAUGGUUUAUUUGAUGAUUUUCAUGGGAGUCGCUCGAAUUGUACUUUCCUCUUAUUUUAAAAUCGUGCUUUCUUCUUGAGCGUUUUAAGGAUGAAAUUACAUUUGACAGUGGAUUAGAUUAAAUUGUCUGCAUGCAUUGUUUUGUUUGUCGAGAAAUUGUAGUUUCCUUUUAUUUUAGAAUUGUCUUUUCUCAUUACAAAAAAAAAAUUGUCCUUUCUUGUUGAGCGUUUUAAGAAUGAAAUUACAUUUGACAUCGGAUAAGGUUAAAUUAAUGUUAUAUGCAUAUAUAUAUUGUGUGUUAUGCAGAUACUUCAAAGUUAUUCACAUUGCACAUUUAAUUUUUUUUCUUUUUUAUUUAUGGAACGCUUCAGCCUUUAUAUUUGUCUGCAGUAAGCGAGGUCAAUAAUAUGGGUUGUUGUCAUAUAAAUUCCGUAGUUAAUUUUUGGGACAUUUGAUAUUUUAAAAGAGUUUGAGUUUGAUGUAUUAGUAAUAUAAAAUACUCGGUACAUCAUUUACAUGUGUUUGGAUUAUAGUUUUGAAAA